AAUAGCCAUUUAAAUAUCAAACCUUUCUGCUUCUCUGAACAACAUCCGACAUAAUACAUUAACUUGUUCACGAACACAUCAAAUGUUGUCCUAAACCCUAAACUCCUAAAACUCACAUCCAAAAAUUAUGAAGUUUAUCAACUUAGCCGUUUUUGGCUUCUUUUUCAUCAUUUUCUUCUUCUCAAAACCCUCUUUUCAAGCUUCCCCUCCUCCACCACCAAUCAAAUAUGACCAAAACCCUAGACUUUUCAAUGCUUACAUAGCUCUACAAGCUUGGAAACAUGUCAUGACUUCUGACCCUAGAAACUUCACCAAGAAUUGGUAUGGAUACAAAGUUUGCAACUACACCGGAGUUUACUGUGCUCCGGUACCAGAUAACCCUAAAAUCACUACCGUUGCCGGAAUUGACCUCAACCAUGCAAAUAUUUCCGGUUACUUGCCUGAAGAUCUUGGCCUGUUGACAGAUUUAGCCGUUUUCCAUAUAAACUCCAAUAGAUUUUCAGGCACUAUCCCAAAAUCCUUUUCUAAGCUCCAACUUCUCUAUGAACUUGACGUGAGUAACAAUCUUUUGUGUGGUGAAUUUCCUUCGGUUGUUCUUUCACUUUCUUCUUUAAAAUUUCUUGAUAUUAGGUAUAACCAAUUCGAAGGAAAUGUCCCUUCUCGACUCUGGGAUCGAAAACUGGACGCCCUUUUCAUAAACAACAACAAUUUUCAGUUUACAUGGCCUAAAAACUUAGGAAACUCGCCGGUUUCUGCUUUGGUUAUGGCAAAUAUCAAUAUCACGGGAUGUAUACCACCAAGUAUAGCAAAAAUGGGGAAAACGCUAAAUCAGAUUAUUCUCAUGAAUGCUAGUUUAAAUGGAUGUUUGCCACAAGAACUAGGGUUCUUGAAAAAUGUGACGGUUUUUGAUGUAAGCUUUAACAAUCUUGUUGGGAAGUUGCCGGAGACAAUGGCGGGCAUGAAGAAAUUGGAACAUCUCAACGUGGCACAUAACAAGCUCUCCGGCGAGAUUCCGGCGAGUAUUUGCUCGUUGCCGAGGUUGAAGAAUUUCACCUACUCUUAUAAUUAUUUCUGUGAUGAACCGAAGAUUUGUCUCAAGUUGAAGGAUAAAAAUGAUAAGAAGAAUUGUAUACCCUAUAGGCCAUCACAACGUUCAGUUAAUGAAUGUAAGGCUUUUUAUUCACGAGGUCCAGUUGAUUGCCGUUCAUUUGGUUGUGGAUCAAGAAGUCCUCCACCACCCCCGCCACCUCCUCCACCACCGCCACCGCCACCUCCUCCGAAAUCACAUUAUUACCAUUAUCCGUGAUUGAAGAAUAUAUUGUGUUUCUUUGACUUUGGUUUGCUUUUACUUGAUUGGGUAGGUUUUGAACUAAAAGGGAAAAGGAAAAUAAAAAAAUGAGGCUGUGUUAUCUUUCAAUAAAUUAUAUACAUGUAAGAAAGGUAGACUUUUUCUUAUUUAUUGUAUUUUACUUUUCUUAUUGCAUACAUUGACUUUGAUUAUGUUAUACUGCUAAGAGAAUAGACUUUGUAUUUUAUUC